AUGGCUAAUUCAUCGAGUGGUGGUGUGCCUCCGGGAUUCCGAUUCCACCCCACGGACGAAGAGUUGCUUCACUACUAUUUGAAGAAGAAGGUGUCCUUUCAGAAGUUUGACAUGGAGGUCAUUAGAGAGGUGGACUUGAAUAAGAUGGAACCUUGGGACUUGCAAGAGAGAUGUAGGAUUGGGUCGACUCCACAAAAUGAGUGGUACUUUUUCAGCCACAAAGACAGGAAGUACCCAACAGGGUCGAGGACAAAUAGGGCUACAAAGGCUGGGUUUUGGAAGGCAACAGGGCGGGACAAAUGCAUCAGAAACACCUUCAAGCAGAUUGGCAUGAGAAAAACCCUUGUUUUCUACAGAGGCAGAGCUCCCCACGGCCAAAAGACUGACUGGAUUAUGCACGAGUACCGCCUGGAAGAUAGUGAUGAUCCUCAUGGAAACCUAUCUAGUGAAGAUGGGUGGGUGAUCUGCAGGGUUUUCAAGAAGAAAAAUUUAUUCAAGGUUGCAAAUGAAGGAGGAAGCUCUAGCAUGAACUCUUCAGACCAUCAGCAGCUCAAAAAUACAUCAACCAACAGCCAAUUGCAAGCUCGCUCCUUCAUGCAUAGCCACGGAGACAACCAGUACUUACUACGCCAACAACUCCAUGCAGCAACCCAAGCAUUCGAGCUAAACAACAACCCAAGCCUUCACUACGCCCACCUGCAGCCACCCCCUCACUACUCUCCUUUCCAAUCCCAAGCCCUUAUCCCGACCUUCGCCCACAAGCCCCUUUCCGCCUGCGACGACUACUCAUCCCAGCUCCCCUCCGACGAUUCACCUAGCCACGGCAUGGUCAAGCAGCUCAUGACAAACCCUAGAGACUGUGAAAGUGGCAGUGAGGGCCUCCGGUACCAAGCGUGUGAGCCAGUGUUAGAGGUUGGCACGUGCGAACCAAACCAUCAACUGAAUACGGUUGCAGGAGGAGCUGGAGCAGCUGGCGGAAGAGAUAAUAAUCAUGAUCACCAGGGGAUGAGUGAAUGGGCUAUGCUCGACCGCCUGGUUACUUCUCAUGACCUUGGAAAUGAUCAAGAUUCGUCGUCCAAAGGAGCAGCCAGGUAUGAGGAUGCAAAUGCACCCUCUUCUGUCAACCAAAUUAACCCCCAGCACCUCUCGUUGCGUGGAGAGAUGGAUUUUUGGGGCUAUGCAAAAUAA